UUGAUUCUUUCUUAACAUAAUCCCUUCCACUUACUUUGUAUAUAAAAACCCAAACCCAACCCUCUAUUUUCCUCACCAAUCUCCUUUUAGCUUGCCAAACAUCUUCUUCUUCUGAUAUAUAUAUAUAUAUAUAUAAGCUUUGCUACAAUGGCUGCCCCAGUAAUGGACCCACAAUACUUGAAAGAGAUCGAAAAGGCUCGUCGAGACCUUCGUGCUCUUAUCUCUAGCAACCAAUGCGCCCCCAUUAUGCUUCGCUUGGCGUGGCACGAUGCUGGAACUUACGAUGUUAAAACCAAGACAGGGGGACCUAAUGGUUCUAUCAGACUUGGUGAUGAGUUACAACAUGCUGCAAACAGUGGUCUCAAAAAAGCUGUUGAUCUUUGUGAACAAGUAAAGGAAAGGCAUCCUCAAAUUACAUAUGCAGACCUUUACCAGCUUGCUGGAGGGGUUGCUGUUGAGGUCACUGGAGGUCCUCCUAUUGACUUUGUUCCAGGCAGGAAGGAUUCAAUGGCAUCUCCUGAAGAAGGGCGCCUGCCUGAUGCCAAUCGAGGUGCAAAACAUCUAAGGGACAUCUUCUAUAGGAUGGGCCUGUCUGACAAGGACAUUGUGGCACUUUCUGGGGGACAUACAUUGGGAAGAGCACAUCCUGAAAGAUCAGGUUUUGAGGGUGCUUGGACAAAGGAACCUUUGAAGUUUGACAAUUCAUACUACAAGGAACUACUGAACAACGAGUCGGAUCCCGAACUGUUAAAACUUCGAAGCGACAAGGCUCUUGUGGAAGAUCCCAAGUUCAAGCGCUAUGUGGAGCUCUACGCGAAGGAUGAGGAUGCUUUUUUUAGAGAUUAUGCAGCCUCCCAUAAGAAAUUAUCUGAAUUAGGGUUCAUUUCACCACCAUCAAAGCUAUCUUUGAAGGUAGCUUUGGGAUUUGUUAUUGCAAUUGUGGCAAUUCUCAGUCACUACUAUGAAGGUCACUUCUCAUGGAAUGAUUUGAGUUCACAGUUCCAUAAGAGAUUCAAUUUGACUGAUUUGGCCUCACAAUUUCAAAAGAGAAUGUAGAUAUAAUAUCCUUCAAUUAUACAUGUCAAAUUGAGAGUUUGAUGAACUUUAAAUGAUGUUCAUAGAUGGAAUAAAAGCACAAAUUUGUUGUGCCUGACAGAAACAAUUGGUUUUUUCAAUUGUGGAAGAUGCAUAAAAAAUAAAUAAAAUGUGAAUAAAUAUUAUAAUUCGAGUUCA